AGUUCAAAUCUGUGGCGGUUCUCAUAUCUCCAAAACUACUUGACACACUAUUCUGAAGGAGUAAACCGAACGGUUUAACUCCUAACCGAUGAAAAAUUGAUGGCCCGCAGUGAAAUUCUACAAGACUUUGUGAUAAUGGAGCGUGAAACCCACAGCGAUCAUGAUCAUCACAUCUGCCACAUCAUCGACAUUCACAACGAUGACGAUUUCUCAUCAAGUUCGUCUCUUUCUACGGAUACGGAAACAUCAGACAGUGGCAGGUUGAGUGUAGGAGGGGCAACUGCCCACCAUGAAUUUUAUCCGCCGUUGACAUCAGAUGAAGGCUCAAGUCCAUGUACGAUUGGGUGGAAUUCAAUGGAGUUUGUAUUCACUUCUGUCCAGAUUGUUGCAGCGUUAGUAGUCUGGACUCUAUCAAAAGACGAACAUCCACAAGCACUAUUGUUAGCAUGGCUCAUCGGUUACACUUGUGGCUGUAUUACCGGUACGCUUCUUCUAUCUUGGCGCAAAUAUAGCAAAGUUGGGGAAUAUCCAGGGACAAGAUUGGAUAGAGUAAUGAAGGAGUUGAAGAUUGGGCUUGAAUGUUUCUUUGUUUUGUGGCUAAUUGGGGGAAUUUUGUGGAUUUGUUUUGGUCAAUCAUCUCUGUCUGAUGCUCCUAAUCUCUAUAGGUUAUGUAUAACUUUCAUUGCUCUCAGCUGCAUUAGGUUUUCUGUUGCAUUACUUCGAUUAUGCGCAGAUUCUGAAGGGGAAGGUCAAGAAGGUGGAUUUGUAUUUCAGGGACCGAUUAAUGAUGAUUCUUGUUGCAUUUGCUUGGAGAAAUUUGGAGAGAGAAAGAGAGCCAUAAGAAAACUUGAAUGCUCCCACAUGUUCCAUUUAGAUUGUAUAGAAUCAUGGCUGAAAGUGAAAGGCACAUGCCCUCUCUGUCAAUCAUCGGUCGUGUGAUGAUGAGAAACAUGGUAGGAUCUGAAAUUUUUGAAAGUUGCACACAUUUUUUAAAACACCUAAUAAAAAAUAUCAUAGUUUGAAACC